AUGACCACUGGUGAAGCAACCACCGCAACAAUUGCUCCAAGCACAACGGCUGUGGCACCGGUCACUACCAUAGUCACUUCAGCCAUAACAACAGCGCCACCAACCACAACAACAGCUACCCCACCCAUGACCACUGCCACCCUAACCACCACAACAGAACCAUUGCCACACCAUUCACAUCAACCAAAGCCCAAACCAGAACCAACACCACCCAAAUCGCCACCAUGUGCUGAACACAGAACCACUGUGGCAUCAACCACAACAACAGCUGGACCAACUACAACCAAUGCAACCCAAAGCACCACAACAGGUGUUCCAACCACUACCACUGCACCAGAAACCACAACAACAACUCUAACCACGACCACUGUGCCCACGACCACAACACCUUCGCCAAGCACUGCUACUGCAGUUCCAACCACAACAACAACAGGGCUAACCACCACAUUUGAAGCUCAAACCACAACCACAGCUGGAUCAACCACUACAACAACAGCUCCAACCACGACCACUGUGACACCAACAACCACUAUAACUGCCUCAACCAAUACCACGGCCACUCAAACCACGACCACUGCAGCACCAACCACCACAUAUGUAGCUCAAACCAAUGCAGGACCAACCACAACAGCUGAUUCAACCAAGACCACAGUGGCACCAACAGCUUCUCCAACCAUGACAACUGUGGCACCAACCAUCACAACAGAAGCUGCUCCAACCACAACCACUGCAGCACCAACCAGCACCAAAGGUGCUCCAAUAAUAACAACAGAGGUGCAAACCACCACACCAGCUGCUCUCACCACAACCCCUGUGGCACAAACCACAACAACAACAGCUUCAACCACGACCACAGUGGCACCAACCACCACAACAGCUGCUCCAACCACCACAACUGUGGCACAAACCACCACAGCAGCUGCUCCAACCACGACCACUGCAGCAUCAACCACAGCAAAAGCUGUCCCAACCAUUACCAGUGAGGAGCGAACCACGAUCCCAGUUACUCCAACCAUUGACACUGCAGCUCAAAUUACAACAACAGCAGCACAAACCACCACAACAACUAUAAAUGUAGCUAAAACGACGUCCAAUACUGCACUAACCACAACAGCUGCUCCAAUCCCGACUACGGCCAUACCAAGUUCAACAACGGCUGCAUCACCCACUACAACAACUGAAACAAUAACUCCACCAGAAACAGGAACACAAGCUGUUCCAACCCCGACCAUUGGGACACCAACCACCACCACCAGUAUCCCUACCACUGCCACCGCAGCUCAAACCACAAUAGCAGCACAAACCUCAACAGCAGUUGCUCCAACCACAACCACGGAAGCACCAACAAGCACCACAGGUGCUCCAAUAACAACCUCUGUCGCUUUGAUUACAACAGCUGCACCAACCACUACAACAGCAGAUUUAACCAUGACCACUGGUGAAGCAACCACCACAACAAUUGCUCCGAGCACAACGGCUGUGGCACCGGUCACUACCAUAGUCACUUCAGCCAUAACAACAGCGCCACCAACCACAACAACAGCUACCCCACCCAUGACCACUGCCACCCUAACCACCACAACAGAACCAUUGCCACACCAUUCACAUCAACCAAAGCCCAAACCAGAACCAACACCACCCAAAUCGCCACCAUGUGCUGAACACAGAACCACUGUGGCACCAACCACAACAACAGCUGGACCAACUACAACCAAUGCAACCCAAAGCACCACAACAGGUGUUCCAACCACUACCACUGCACCAGAAACCACAACAACAACUCUAACCACGACCACUGUGCCCACGACCACAACAGCUUCGCCUAGUACUUUCACUGCAGUUCAAACCACUACAAAUGACAGUCCAACCACUGCCACAACAGUCGCAACUACAAAAACUAUCAUUACCACAACCACUGCAGAGCCAACCACAAUGAAAGGUGCUCAAACCACAGCCCUCCCAACCACCACAACAGCUUCCACAACCACCACAACAUCUGGGCCAAGCACAUUUGGUUUUCCAACCACAACAGCUGUGGGACCAACCAUGACAACCGUUCCUGUAACAUCCUCUGUCUCCCCAGUUUCAGAAGAUUCAACCUCGUCAUCUCAGUCACCCACGACUUUAACGACAGCAAGUAACUCAUCUUCUAUUAGAAUGAAUGUAGUCCAUUUUCUACUCGGACUUCUUCUUUUUACCCUAUAUUAGAAAACAGGUAAUUCAUAGAUGGAAAGCGAAAACAUUACCAAUAAAUUAUGAAAGUAGCUUCCUUUGAAGAUCAGACUUAUGUUUACUUUGUACCUCCGCCUCUCACCCUAUGGCAUCUGGGAUAGGCUCCAGCACAAACAACCAAAAGGAACUAAGACACCCACAUGAUAAGCACGGAAGAAUGGAUGAAUGGAUGGCAGAAUUUCUAGAACAACGCACAAAAAUCUACUAGAUAACACAUAAUAAAGUAAUUAAGUUUUUAACAGGCAUUUUGGUUGGAUCAUUUUUUUCCUUUGUAACAAUGCCACUGAUAACAAGCACAGAGGCAAAAAAGACCUUUGCCAAUAUUUUUGUUUUGUUUGAUAUUUAAAUGAGCCUGAAUUUGACUUACUUUCUUUAUUUUCUUUUCCUUUUUAAGAUAUAUUGUGAUCACAAAAUGUAUAUAAAAAUUGCAUAUUAGGUAUACAUUAUUGAAGAUGACACACUUUAUAGACAUACAGACUAUUUAUUUUGGGCACGUCAUUUUCACGCAGGAAGCUCUGAAAGAAUGUAUGGGCUUAUAAGAGGUUAAUUCAAUCAAGGUUUUUUCUCUAUGUAUUAUAGUAGCUAUAAAAUAUUUAAAAGUUUCUCAUUUUAUAAUAUUUAACAACGUUCCUAUAUUAAGAAUGUCUUUUUGAGCUUUUUUUGAUUGUUGAUAAUCCCCAUGGAAGUACAAUUGUGGAUAACUGAAAAAGUAAAGGUUGAAGUAUUUGUACAUUUCAGAGUUUUUCUAUCUAAUCCAAUUUGUAUUUCUGGUGAUCAUGUUUCAUUAAAAAUGUAG